AAAACAAUUCCAUCUUUACAAACACUUUCAUACCUUUUCCGUCGCACACUAUGAGCCUCAUCAUAGUCACAUUCCACAAAAACCAGCGAAUCUACCAAACAGCCUGGAUUUCUAUCCCGGUCGUUCGUCAAUGCUUCGCAUGGAAGAGUACCACCACUCCACCCUAGCCGAUGACUUAAUGAUCCUUACCUACAGAGAUCCAGAGGCUGAACAAAAAUUCAUCGAUAAGCGAAAAAAAAAAUAUCUUCCACUGAGAAAAUCGGUGCUAACUAUGGAUACAAAUCCUUAUGCAAAGAAUCGUCCCAGACCUAAACCCAGGGGGAAUAAAAACGUAGGGCCUGUGCCACCGAGACAAUCACAUAGGACUGCCCCCGAGUUAGUGAAGAUCGUUGUGCAUUGUAUGAUGAAACAAUCGUUACUAAGCAAACAACAUCUUUUGAGUGGGAUUAUGGCGUUGCAAUGUAUCACCUCAGAGCGACCCACAAUUGUGUAUUCUAGGACUGAUGUUUCAAGGUGGAAACUGAGAAAGGGUAUGCCCAUAGGUUGUAAAGUACACAUCCAGGGUCCGCCAAUGUAUACAUUCCUGGACAAAUUAACGGAAAUUGUUUUACCACGUCUGAGAGAAUGGCAAGGUGUGUCGAUCUCAUCUGGAGACCAGAACGGCAACAUCACGAUGGGAUUCCCACCAAGUGCACUUUCUUUGUUUCCUGACAUCGAGAGUAACUAUGACAUGUUCCCUAUGAUGACUGGGUUUCACGUCGUAUUCCAUACUACCGCUUAUACUGAUUAUGAAGGAAGAGCCCUUUUGAGUGGAUUUCAGAUUCCUUUUACUCCAGGAAAAAAGAUUAAUCGGACUUUUUGA